GUCAUAUCAAAGGUGGUGUCACACCAAUGGUCCCCCGUCCAGGGACUUUAAUCCCUCCACUACUCUAUCCAGCUUUGAUUUAUCACUUUGUAAAAAUGUGGUCAUUUAUCUUUUUACUGGACUGAAAAAGUAUUUUUGCCACACUUUACUCGUAUGUAAUGUACUUAGAAAUUUGCAUUUUCCGUGCUUUGCAAGUUAUACACUAGAUUAAUGCUCUCAGAUGCAGCUCCUGCAAUUGCCUGGGAUAUGAUCCUAAACUACUUUGUUCAUUUUUGGCUAAAGCAUUAUUCAUUCAGUGACCAUAUCCACACUUUUAGAGUACAAAUUGAACUUUACCCUGAGUGAAACAGAACAUUGGUCCGAUUUAGCUACAGUAUAGAACAUUGUGCAAUUGUAGAUGUUAUGUGCUGCUCUUUCCAUCCAAUUGAAGCAGAAGAUUAUACAGUAUGAAAUGGUUUUAACAAGCUGUACAAUAAACCACUUUACCCCAUGAUGUGCCAGCAUAUGCAAGGCUGCAAAAAAUCUUUAAUAGUCCUACAACACUUUCAAUUGCUCUGUGUAUUGACUGGAAAUCUCUUUAACUAGCUCUAACUUAUUUUAUGAGGUGUAUAUUGAGAUAUGAUUAUUCUCUAAGGGACUAUAAGGGGCUGGUGUUUUGCUCUUUGCCUUGGGUACCAGAUAGUGCAGAAGAACUAAUUGGACCUCAAAAAAAAAAAAAAAAAAAAAAAAAAAAAGAAAAGAAAAAAAAAAGACAAACAAUAUUCAUUGCCAAAAAGUAUGAUGCACUUCUAGACCUUGCUGAGAGCUUUAUGCAGUGUUCAGUGUAAAAACUUUUAUUAGCCAAGUGAGUGUUAUCCUAAGUAGCUGAGGAUCAUUAAUUAAAUGAAUGAAAUAUAAAACAUAUAUUAUGUUCCACUCAAUAAAUAGCUCAUUCCCCCUAUGUUCCUCUGAUACUGUCACAAACUGCUCAGAGAGACACGCGUUGAGGAUCCAAAUGCAGCUGUUUAUUGGGGCAAUUCAGAAUCAUCAUCCAAAAACAGGCAAAUUAUCAAAAUCACAAGGCAAACAAUCCAGAUAACAACAGGACAGAAAACACUGGCAAACAGGAAAAUCCAGAAAACCAGGCAGAAGAUCAAAAACCAUGACACAUGAAACCAGAAAAGCACUCAGAAAUGCAGCAAUGAUGAUACAAACAAGAUUUUGCAACGAGUGUGUGAAAACACGGGAGGCUUAGUUGAGACUUAACAAGCUAAUGACACACAGCUGAACCUAAUCAAAACAAAAUGAGUCCAGGCAAUGAGAAUUAAAGUUUACGAUGAGAUGGCCCAGGAGUCGGGAGGAGUGACCUCUGGUGGAGAUUAUGGACACUCCAGUUGGCGGAUGUGAAAGAUACUUUCACCAACACAAAUAACAAAUUACAUUUACAGUCCAGAUUAAUUUAUUGAUGAAUUGAUGAAAAAACACUGGACAUUUAAAAUCAGAAAUGACAGUGUCCUCAAGCUUUUUUACAAGCUUUCUUUGCUUUCUCCUGCAUCCCUCUGAAAACAAAGCCCUCAGCAUAGCCUACUAGGAUGUAUUUAAAGUUACUGUCUCUCCUCUUAAGAUCAAUACAAAGGGUUGGUUGUUGUUUUUUUCCCCCCUGGUUUUUGUCUGACGAGUCUAUGUGUUGUGGAAACACAUCUGUUUUAGUCAGGGCGGAUUUACAGCCAUUCAUAAAUUUCCCUGAGAUCCAGAGUGAGGAAUAAACAGAAUAACAAGAAACCUACAAAAUCACAGGGACUGGACAAAGGUGUUGAGAUGGAACAUGAUAGGGUUAUGUGGGACUUUUGCUUUAGACUACAAAAUCAUUUCAACAUGUAUGAUGCAUAUUCAUCAACACCAACAAGCUCUUUUCAUGAGCUAUUCAAGUUGACCAACUCAGUUGAAUUGUUUUGGCUGCAACCCUUUCUUUAUUUUCAUAAAUUUACAUAUUUAUUUAUUUAUUUAUUUUGUCCUGGACAAUAAGAGGCUGGAAAAAAUCCUGUUUCUAUACACCCUAAUUCAGUAGUUUUCAGCCCCAAACCCACUGAAUCAGGGCAUAGAAUCAGGGUGCAAAUUAUGUUGAGGGUCUGAUCAACCAAAGGAAGUCAAAAUGAAUUAUUUUAGAAGUAUUCUCUUUGUUAACAAACAGUAAGUAGCCUAUAUAUGUUUCAACAGCGUUACAUCAACACUUCAGUAACUACAAAAUUUAGUUUAGCUCUAAAUAGACGCUGGCGAACAGAAAUCGCGUUUGACUGACUGUGGCAACAGUUCGAUUUCCGUUAGGAUUGGUAUCGGAACACAAGUAGAACACUGUCAUUAUCACUUUAUUAAAUUUACGCAUUACAAAUACAUCACAAAACUCAAGUUUUUCGUUUUCUUCUUUAAGACAAAUCAACGUUAUGAUCGGGGCGCUAAAAGGCUGAACGAGCGCCGAUUUGAUCUCGAUAAAAAUAAUUCAUUUAAAACACUGACUGCCUGAAAGUCAAUGAAGAAUUCUGAAAUUGCAAAGAAUAAACAUUGAGCACCAUGGACAGCGUUCAAACGUGUGAACAACGAUUUUGUAAUUCAAAUAAAGACAGGGAUUACAAACUUUCUCCAGUUUUUUACUACUUCUCACGAGAUAAAAGAUUUGCCAACCGUUUCAAAAUGUGCUACAGAGCGGAUACAGAGCAGGUGCGCUGCAGAUAUUUUUGUCCUUGUAACCUGGAUGUAGCGUCCAGUAGGAAACCUCAGUAGAGCAGACAGGCUCAGACGUCAGCUGAGAAGGAGGUACAGUAAUCAACACAGUAGUUCCACCGCAUAUGAGGAUUGUAAUCACCACACGGUGGAGCAAAGGGACGGCAAACUUUAUUCCCACUCCUGAACCGAGCAACAAAGUUCAGCAAUUGCAAAAAAAAAAAAAAAAAAAAAAAAAAAAAUCGUCGUGCAUCUCUUCUAACACUUAAACUCUUCAGCAAAUAAUUAUCCUCUCUAUGGAUUGCAGUCUGUUGUCAAAACGCCAGAGCACAAUAAAUGUUUCGCUUUCCCCCAGAAAACAAGGCAGUGACUUUUGUUCAAUGUGCACCCAGAACGGAUUGCGAUGAUUGUGUCCAACUUGAGUGUGAUCAGCUGCAGGAGGGCGAACGGCGCGCUGUGCCUCAGUGCAGUGGAGGGACAUUUGGAGGCGUCCUCCUCCUAUAGCACCCUCAGUCCGACUGGCCACCUGCUCGUGGCGGUGAGCUUGGGCUUCAUCGGCACUUUCGGAUUCGUCAACAACCUCCUGGUUCUCGUGCUCUUCUGCCGCUACAAGGUGUUGCGGUCCCCCAUCAACUUUCUGCUGGCGAAUAUUUGCUUGAGUGAUCUCCUGGUUUGCGUGUUGGGCACGCCGUUCAGCUUCGCGGCGAGCACUCAAGGGCGAUGGCUCAUCGGCGACAGUGGAUGCGUGUGGUACGGCUUUGCCAACUCGUUGUUAGGUAUUGUGUCUCUUAUCUCCCUGGCCGUGCUAUCAUACGAACGCUACUGUACGAUGGUGGGCUCCACAGAAGCUGAUGCCACCAACUACAGGAAGGUGGCUAGUGGGGUGGUGAUGUCCUGGGUUUACUCUUUAAUCUGGACUUUGCCCCCUCUAUUUGGUUGGAGCCGCUAUGGCCCAGAAGGCCCUGGGACCACCUGCUCUGUAGACUGGACAACCAAGACAGCCAAUAACAUCUCUUACAUCAUUUGCCUCUUUAUUUUUUGCCUGAUUAUCCCCUUCCUGGUCAUUAUCUUCUGCUAUGGUAAGCUGCUGCAUGCCCUUAAACAGGUCAGCAGUGUAAACACACCUAUGAGCCGCAAACGAGAGCACCGGGUUCUUCUAAUGGUAAUCACCAUGGUGAUCUUCUAUCUGCUCUGCUGGCUGCCCUAUGGGAUCAUGGCUCUGCUGGCCACUUUUGGAGCCCCAGGACUGGUGACUGUGGAGGCAAGCGUAGUGCCCUCCAUCUUAGCGAAGUCCAGCACUGUCAUUAAUCCUGUCAUCUACAUCUUCAUGAAUAAACAGUUCUACAGGUGUUUCAGAGCUCUUCUCAACUGUGACAAACCCAAGCGAGGUUCCAGUCUGAAAAGUUCUUCAAAGGCAACUAAACCUUUUCGGCCUGGACGGCGCACAGACAACUUUACUUUUGUGGUUGCUUCAGUGGGACCCACAGUGGUCCCCGAUAAGACAAACCCAGUGGAGGAAGGCCCUCUAUCAACAGAUAAUGCCAAACCUGCAGUGGUCUCCCUUGUGGCCCAUUAUAAUGGUUGAGAGUUAUUCUGUUUCAAAAAUGGCAACAUUGAAGAAACUUUUCAUACAGAUUUGGAGGAUUUUACAUGUGUAUGAUGUAUAAAUACUAUUAAAAAAAAAAAAAAAAAAGAGAGAGAAAAGGAAAGAAUCCUGAGGGAGGCUGAUUUUGUGGAGUUUAUUUUUGUGUUCUAUAUUUGUCUGCUAUCCAACAACAGGGUGUUAUAUUCUAGUAGUAAUAUGUAGCUAGCGGUUCCUAAUUUUCUCUCAGAUUCUGCAGAUGUUGAUAUUACUAUUUUUGUAGACCAGUCCAAAAGAUCUGAGAGCUGAGAAAAAGAAGACUAUUCUCUGUACAGUAAACAACUGCUCUUAAAUGUCUCUUCGAAAAAAAACUUUAUAUAUAUAUAUAUAUAGUCCUGAAGAGAAAACGAUAUUUGUAACAAUGUACAACUUUUCAUUUUUUUUGAAUGGUGUUAAAACAAACAGGUUUUAAUUUUUAACAUACAAAAAAGAGGGAAGUUGAUGAUUUUCCCCCAAUGGCUUUUAAACCUGUAUGGCCUGUAUACAGUGAAUGUAAGUUACAGUUUCUAUGUUUUUUUUAAUGAUUAAUGUUCAAGGCUAAUUAUAAUUAUAUUUAUGAAUAAGUCUAAAGAUAUUUGGACACCUGGAAAUCUUAUAAGUAUUUACUAAUUUAUGUUCUAAUUUUUUGUUGAAAUGUGUAAAAAUUACAUGAUAUAAACUGUAGUGCUUUUUAGUCCAAGCUGAGAGAAAAAAGGAAAAUGAAAACAACACUAUUAUGUUAGAACAUUUAAUUUUACUGUAGCAAACCCAUACAUUAGCACUUUAUAUUUAAUCAUACUUCACAAACAUAAAUUGUCUGCUUACAUCUAAAAUAUUGAUGUACAAAUGUAACAUUUUUUUUACAUCUACAUGAAAAUAUCUAAAUCUGAAUCUGGUCUCUAACUAUUUAUUAUAGCCGACCAUAUAUUAGUUCUCCAUGUUGGAAGCGUCUUCUGAAUUUCUGACUUGGAAGUUAUAAUUAUAAUUGACUCUCUCUCUCUCUCUGUGUGUGUGUGUGAGCACGUCAGUCUGGAGAUUUAUGUGUUGGUGAAGAACUCCAGCUUUAUCAUUCAAUUAAUAUUAAAUUAGUCACACUCUCCAAACACAUUCCAUUUAGAAACACACAUCUGAAAUUUAAGAUGUUCUAGAUGAGCCGAACAUAAGUUCAAGGCUCUGUAAUGUUUUAAGAGAAUGUUUUUUUUAAAGCUCCUUUAAGCAUUUUAAUCAGCUCUGCUUAUUUGUGCUCAGUGUAGGCUUAUAUAAAUUAACUUAAUUAGUUGUGCAUGACAUUUAUGUUCAUUCACCCAGAAAUGCUGUAGUCACAUUUGCUUUAUGUUUGAUACAAUAAUGCAGUAAUAACAAAUAUCAGAAUAAUGCAUAAAGAAAACUCCACAGCAAUAUUUUUGCCGUAACGGCAGUAUCUCAAUAAACAUAAAGGACUACAGUGAGGUAAAGAAAUGUGGAAGACCUGCAAAUCAAGUGCAAAUUCUGUGAAUCAUCUACUGUAGCUUCAGACUGUUAAAAGUUAUAUUUUUUUUAUUAAAAUUCUACCUUGUGCAAUUAAUAAUAAUGCAAAAAGAAAUAUGUUAAAAAGAACUGACUUUUUGCAGCAGUGAUGACCUUUGUGCAGUGAAUCAUUUAAUUUAGUCGUUAUAUCAUUUAAAAUGUAUUAUUUUACAAUAUUUAUCUUUGUAAGGUGUGUAAAAUCUCAAUCCAAAGUUGUUACAUUGGAGAUUGCAAACACAUUUGAUCAAUAAAAGUCUUCUAAAAGCAGUGUGGCACACUUCA